GCGAGUGAGGCAGCCGCGCGUCAUUUCAGAGAAAAAGCAGCACAAGGAGAAGUCAUCAUUUAUGUCGGCGCGGCACCAAGAGAAAGUAAAAGCUCCAGCAGCACUGGAAUUUUUCAUCAAUCAUUUAUUUUCCGUGCGUGUGUGAGGGCGAAAAUGAACGUGAAAAUGUGCGCUUCUAACAAUAACGAGGCUGAGCGCCAGAGGAAUCUGGAAAAUUUCAUGAAAAAGAAGGAGCACCGACGCAAAUACAGCGUCACCAGCUACAAAACCUUUUCGGCGAAACCUCAACAGCUGCCCGAUGCCUUGCGAACGAUGAAGGACGACGCUCGGCGCCCGACGCGAAGCGUUAAAAAUCAGAGGAAAGAGGCGCCCUCGAAGGUCAAGGACACGAUCAAGGUGCCGACGAAGGCCAAGGGUCAAGGACGAGGCGAGGAUGAGAAGCAGGAGAAGAAGGAAGAGACUUCAAUGCAGAAAACCAAAGAUCCUGAGGUGGCAGUGGCCAUCCCCAAGAAGAGGGACGACAUCUCUGUCGCCUUGGACAAAGCCCUGGCCAAGAAACCACAGGGCCUCUCAGUGAGUCCUCCGCUUGACAGGGCCCAUCAGCCUCCGAAAUCCAAGCCAGCUACCAAAGAGGAGUCGACAAAGGCUUCUGCUGCCGAAGAGAUGAAAGUGGUUUUGCCUCACACGAACGACGAAUUUGACUUCUCCGCCGCUCUGGAAACCGUCCGCAGAGUCGUGGCCAAAAAAGAGGAACAGCCUUCCUCGAAUUAUCCUGCGCCCGUCAAAGUGCAACCGCCGUUGGCCCAAGAGCUUGUGCUCCUUCAAAAGCCAGCGGAGCUCGAGGAGACGUUGAAAACGCACACCAAAGACGAGUCCUCCAAGCCCAAACUCAUCCUCCUGCAAAAGGCAAUGUCGGCCGCUGGACCAGUGAUCAAAAACUGCUUGCUGGUGGCGCUGCUCGUCGGCACCGGCGUCGUAAUUGGCUUCAUCGAACAGGAGCACCUGGACGACAUAAUCAAAUCCAUUUCGACCAUCGAAAUUAUCGAACAUUUCUGACUGCGCGCACAGAGGACCUCGAGAAGAACGAAAAAUAAGUCUACCUUUCUGAAAUAAGCCAAAAUAUAUACACAGAGAAAAACGUAAAAAUCAAAGAGUUCCUGAAACUUACCUAAACUGAUGAUAAUUUAAAAAUUUUAUUGAAUAUUUCUCUCUAAAUGUCACAUGUAUUUUAUUUUUAUUUUUAACUUGUUUAAAAAUCAAAUGCGAAAAUUUUCUUCUUAAAAUACAAAAAAUUUGGGGAAAAUGGAGAAAAAGCAAAUCAACUCUAAAUUUGAUGAAAAGCUACACUUUAAAACUGGUUGAUUAUGAAUUUAAUAUUUUAAUUAGUCAUUUACGACGUUUACUAAGCUUAAAUUUAAUUUUAAAUCAAAUGGAUAACUGCAAGAGAAAUAAAAUUUUAUGCCACUUAGGCAGUUUAUUGAAUGCAAAUUUAAUAUUUUCAAAUUAAAAUCUCCAAAUUUUCAAAUGAAACUGAAAAUAAUUUUAACCCUGUCAAUUUUAAGUGAUAAGAUCUUCGCAGUCCAUAUCACAUGAGCGUGAAAUUGCCAUCAGGGUCGACGAAAUGCACAUUUUGACCUUUAGAACAAUUUCAGCGGUUCCAUCGGUAGCCGAGGCCAAUUAACACGAGGAUCUUUUGGGCUGAAAGGGAAGAGGAGAGUACGGGAUUGUCAAUAAUCCCGUGUCAACAGCACACACGCAUGAUUACUCUCGAGAGUUGGUCCCUUAAUAUAGGCAAACACGCGUGCACGUCCGUUGUCGGUUGAUUGCAGAGGCCGAGAGCGAGCAAAGUGUCACGUUCCGACGCUCCACGGACCCAUUGUUUGUCCUCGUCGGCGCAAACGAGAAGGGUUAACGGAAUAAGGAGAAAAAAGAAUGAACCCUUUUAAAAACCGGGCCGAGUUUUAAUAUGCGCGUAUUGAUGGGGUCGGCGGAUUAGCACUCGCUUUUUUUUAUUUGCGCUGAUGAGCGGAAAUGUAAUCCACUCUGUCCCUUUGCCAUUCAACGCUGCGUUUAUCUCUGUUAUUUAAAGCGAUUACUCGUCAGCCGGCCAAAGCGUGCGUAUGGCCAAAAUAAACCCCGUUUUAUAUUCAAAGGAAUAAAAUUUGCCUGUAUCGGCAAGUUCCAUCUCUCUCCCUUGCUCGUCUCUCUCAUCAGCCGAGCUUUUUGUUGGAAAAAUACAAAAAGCGCCCGAUUGGCUUAACUCGAUUCGUUCUGCUGAAUGGGCAAAAGCAGCGGUGGAGGCUUCGGAGGCCUCCGCUUACGCAAUUAGCGAAAAUUGUGUCUGCCUCAGCCGAACUUUUUGUUACCGUGCGCGAAU